AAUGUAUCCGCCUGCACAGCCCUGCAUCACACAUCUCCAUCUCCCAGUGCGCAGUAAUUGAAAUGGCGCAUUUGACCCAAGGCAUUUUAAAGGGCGCUUUAGCUAUGGCAUUAUGCAUGACGAUAGACAUCAUUUGUUUCUAGCGCCAGAAGGUUGUUUGAAGUUAAAAUGUGAACUAUAUCGGAGGGGGACAAUGAUUUAAGAAGAUCUAAGCUUUAACGCACAUAUCUAGGCAACUGAUGGUGAUGAUCUUUUUCAACAAGUCAAAUAAAAUAGUCUGGCGUUCAGUCAAUUACAAGCGAUCUUCUGGCUUCCGCACCUCGUUCGACACAUCUAAAAUAGCCUACGGUGCAAGAUUAUAGGCUAAUAAGAGUAGAUCUUCGUUUUAAGGUUUCAAAUUGACGUGUGGAAAAGGAGGCGACUGGAUCACAUUUUCUUCGUGAAGAGAGUUGAAAAGGGAGAAAAGGCUGCACUGUUGUAACCUAAUCCGUGCCCUUCUGGCGUUAGAUAGCCCGGAGCAAGAAUUCUUUCAGCCCUCCUCUUGUUUGGAGACGGACUGACGUUCUUAUGAGAAGCUCGACGGCUUUAUAUCAGAAGACAAACAAGGACAACCACGGAUACGUAGGCUACGAGACGCAACAGACCUACAUUAAUCACACAAUUGGAAGGGAAAACUGCUUUUUAUGUCUUCAGUGUCAGUGUCGUCUCAGGAGGGCCGCAGCGUGUCCAGGAUGUCCCUGAGCAGGUCUCCUGUCUCCCCUCUGGCGGCCCAGGGCAUCCCCUCCGCGGCCCAGCUCACCAAGGCCAACGCUCCCGUCCACAUAGACGUGGGCGGGCACAUGUACACCAGCAGCCUGGCCACACUCACCAAGUACCCCGAAUCCAGAAUCAGUCGCCUCUUCAAUGGCACAGAGCCUAUCGUGCUGGACAGCUUGAAGCAGCACUACUUCAUCGACAGAGACGGAGAUAUAUUCCGCUACAUCCUCAGCUUUCUCAGGACAUGCAAACUACUGCUUCCAGACGAUUUCAAGGAUUUCCCCCAGCUUUACGAGGAGGCUCGAUUCUACCAGCUGGUGCCCAUGGUGCGUGAGCUGGAGCGCUGGCAGGCGGAGCGCGAGGCCCAGCGGGCGGCGCCCUGCGAGUGCCUGGUGGUGCGAGUGACCCCUGACCUUGGGGAGAGGAUUGCGCUGAGUGGGGAGAAGGUCCUUAUCGAGGAGAUCUUCCCCGAGACCGGAGACGUCAUGUGCAACUCGGUGAACGCCGGCUGGAACCAAGACCCCACCCAUGUCAUCCGCUUCCCUCUCAACGGAUACUGCCGGCUGAACUCUGUGCAGGUUCUGGAGCGUCUGUUCCUGAAGGGCUUCAGCGUGAAGGCGUCCUGCGGGGGUGGGGUCGACUCCUCCCAGUUCAGCGAGUACGUCUUGUGCCGUGAGCUCCAGCGGACCCUCGUCACCACGCCCGUCCGGAUCAAACAGGAACCUCUGGACUAGCAGGGCUUCAACAUCACCUCCGCCCUGCAGGGGGACGACUCCUCUCCACACUGAGAGACUUGUAGAUGAAGCUGAAAUACGUUGUUUUUCUAAGUCAUUUUGACUCUUCGUUAUGGUUGCCAGGUUGUUGGAGAUUGUUCAUGGUCGAAUGAGCUUCAGUCUCACGUCGAAGCUUCGGUCAACUGGCAGGUUACAGGAGAGUUACAAGUGAAACACAGUUUGUCAUCAAUUAAUUUACAAUUAUUCAAUACAUGUAGGUGUCACCUUUCUAUAUUUGGACAGUGCACCAGCCUCUGCCAAUGCUUAAGACAUUUGCAUUGCUGUACAUAGAUGUGGUGGAAGGGUGGUUUUACAUGUGAUAUGGAGCCCACAGGGACAACAUUUAAAGACGUCUUUUAACAAAAACAUAUAAACACCCGUUUCAGUCACUGAUAUUUAACGUAUUCAUUUGUUGAUUCUCAUGUUGUAUUGAUAAAAAGAUCAAGUCUUCCAUGUCUAGGAACAGAAACAUACAUACUCUGCAAGUCUACUUUUGUUUUCCUCUCAUCAAUCAUCUCAGCAGUUUA